AUGAGGACGCCGGAUAUAGAGAAACAGCGGAAACGACUGAUGUUUGGGUUGGGAAUUCUCUCAAUUCCGGGUCACAUGAACGUUACCGAAGUCGAAGAAGUUCAACCAGAUGAAUAUGUCUAUAUUCUACCACUGAUUGUUAUUCUCGGAUUAAGUGGUAAUGUCAUCAGUUUAGUGACGAUAUUCCAUUCACGGCUACGGCAUGUGGUUGGCGUGACAGUACUCAUAAGCUCCACAAACAGCAGUAAGGAGAUAAGGAAGGUCUUAUUAGGAGAGGUAAGGGUAUCGCAAAGUGCAAAUAUGUAG